CCAUUUUAGAAAGAGAAAGAGAAGGAGAAAAAGAGAGACAUGAAGGGAGAGAUGGUGUUGGUAAUAUUGCUGAUAGUUGUAUUACUGAUCGUUAUGAAGGUGUUUUUGGUGAUAUGGUGGAAACCAAAGAAGAUUGAAAAGCAUUUUUCUGCACAAGGCAUAAAGGGACCUCCAUAUUGCUUACUUAUUGGCAAUGCCAAGGAGAUGAUGAGUUUUAUGGUGAAAGCUUCCUCACAACCUAUGCCUUUCUCUCACAAUAUUCUCCCCAGAGUCCUCUCUUUCUACCAUCAUUGGAAGAAAAUCUAUGGUCCCACAUUUCUUAUAUGGUUUGGACCUAUGGUUCGUCUCACUGUCUCUGAUCCUGACCUCAUUCGAGAAGUCUUUUGUUCGAAAUCAGAAUUAUAUGAGAAAAAUGAAGCUCACCCUCUUAUCAAACAACUAGAGGGUGAUGGGCUCCUUAGCCUCAAAGGUGAAAAAUGGGCUCUCCAUAGAAAGAUCAUCACUCCUACGUUUCACAUGGAUAAUCUCAAAUUAUUGGUACCCGUAGCAACGUGUAGCGUGGUGAAAAUGCUUGAUAAAUGGUUAGACAUGUCGGAUUCUGGGGAAGUGGAAAUCGAGGUGUCUGAAUGCUACCAAAACCUAACGAAGGAGACAAUGACUAGGACUGCGUUUGGCAACAUUAACUACGAAGAUGGAAAACAUAUUUUUCAAUUACAAACUCGACAAAUGGUCUUAACUUCUGAAGCAUUUCAAAAAAUUUCCAUCCCAGGUUAUAGGUUUUUUCCCACAAAAAGAAAUAGAGAAUGUUGGAAAUUACAGAAGGAAAUCAAGAAAAGGUUAAUGAGGGUCAUUGAGAGGAGGAGAGAAAAGUGGGACGACGAUGAAUUGGAAAAUGGGCCGAAGGAUUUGCUUGGGGUUAUGAUCGAAGCGAGUAGGAAAGAAUCUUUGAAUUUCUUGCCGGCGAUAACGGCAAGUGACAUCGCGGAGGAGUGCAAGAGCUUCUUCUUCGCUGGAGAACAAACAACAUCCAACCUGCUGACGUGGACCACCGUAUUGCUAGCAAUGCACCCACAGUGGCAGGUGAUAGCACGUGACGAGGUGCUAAAUGUGUGUGGACCACGUGACAUUCCCACCAAAGAUUGUGUUUCCAAGCUUAAAAUGUUGACCAUAAUACUCAACGAGUCCAUGAGAUUAUACCCUCCAAUAGUGGCAUCGAUCAGACGAGCAAAAGCUGAUGUUGAAUUAGGAGGGUACAAGAUCCCGCGUGGCACUGAACUUCUCAUUCCAAUCUUGGCAAUUCAUCAUGAUCAAACCAUAUGGGGUGAUGAUGUUAAUGAAUUUAAUCCAAGUCGAUUCUCAGAUGGAAUAGCUCGUGCAGCUAAACAUCCUGUAGCCUUCAUUCCGUUCGGGUUAGGAGUUCGCACAUGCAUUGGACAAAAUCUUGCAAUUUUACAAGCAAAAUUGACUAUUUCAAUCAUAUUACAAAGAUUCUCUUUCAAGUUGUCUCCAAAGUAUCAACAUGCACCAACUGUUCUUAUGCUACUUCAUCCGCAAUAUGGUGCACCAAUUGUCUUCAAAAACUUAAGGACGGAUCGUAGAUCCAAAGGAAAUUAAGGGUCAUAAAUUCCCCUAGGAGUACUACCCUAUAUGUGCGAGUGAACCUAGGCCUCUUAGUAGCACACAAAAACCAUCACCAUAUAGCAAAGGGAAAUAACAGGGAAAGCACCAUUUCAAAUCAUAAAUACUUAAAGAUUAAGGGAGUAGAUAGUAUACAUAUUAUGUUAAGUUUCAUUUCUACCCCACUAGCUAGUUCAUUAAAAUGUUUAUAAUAUCCCA